AUGAAGACCAUCACUGGAUUCAGGCCAACCAACAGCAGGGGAGCUGAGGGAGUCAGCCUGGAAUCCAGAGCCACACCACUGUGCCUGCCUCUCUCUUCAAAUAACACUGUUGCCUCCUGUGAGAUUCCUGAGACCCCUCCCCCACCCAUCACCUUCACUCAAUACCAGGUGGAGAUGCAAAUGAGGAGACUGCACUCGGGCAAGUCUGCUGGACCAGACGGACCUCGUCUCGGAACAGAGGACGCCAUCAUCUACCUGCUUGAUCGUGUCUACGCCCAUCUGGACCAGCCGGCGAGCACUGUGAGGGUCAUGUUUUUUGACUUUUCCAGUGCUUUCAACACCAUCAGGCCGACCCUGCUGGGUGAUAAGUUAGCAGCGAUGCAGGGUUUCAACAAGUUCCUGUGUGUGAACAUGGUGACAGUCGGCAUGUUGCUGAUUGUCCUCUUUGUUCCAGCUGCUUUGGCUGGUUGUCCUGAUAAAGCAGCACUCUUCAUAAAUGCAUCAAAGAAGCUGGAAGCACUGAGUGGAUCUUGUUUGCAAAUCCCAUGUAGCUUCAGAUCCAAAGAAGAACAGAAAUUUAUCAGCACAAGAAAAACCUUUGGAGUGUGGAUUAAAAACAAUUCUGAUAUUACCAAAAUCAAAAACAAUGUGAUCUUCAACAGUAGUGGAGCAGUUAGCAUCUAUCCAAUGAGUAUUACUGGGAACCUGAGUCAGAGAGACUGCACCACUCUGUUUUCUAAUUUAACCACCACAUACACAGACACAUACUUCUUAAGAGUAGAGAGAGAACCAUUCAAGGCGACAGCUUGUGAUCCUCUUCAAAUAACAGUCAGAGAUUCUCCUUGGAGGCCCAAUAUUACAAUCCCAGGUGAUCUGAAGGAGAAGGAGUCUGUCACUAUAACCUGCUCAGCUCUCACUCCCUGUCCACACUCCCCUCCUCAACUCACCUGGAAUCUCACACAAGACUCUCACAACAAAAUAGAGGAAAACACAGAUGGAAGCUUUACAACUAAAAUCCAGCAGACCAUCACUCUGUCAGACACACAUGAUGGAAAGAAGAUCAGCUGCUCUGCCAGAUAUCCUGUGAACCAAGGAAAAGACACCAAGACAGCAGAGACAGAAGAGACUCUCAGUGUUUCAUAUGCUCCUAAAGACACCUCAGCAUCCAUCAGUCCAUCAGGUUUGGUGUCAGCAGGCAGCUGGGUGAAGCUGACCUGCUCCAGCAGAGCCAAACCUCCAGUCAGCAACUUCACCUGGUUCAAGAAGAGCAGAGAUGGAGCUGUGAAAGUAUCUGAAGGAGCGAUUUACAGCUUCAAUGUAACAGAUGGAGGAGUUUAUUACUGUGUGGCCACUAAUGAUCUGGGUAAUCAGACAUCAGCAGAGAUAUGUGUCUGUGUAUGUGAUUCUCCUUGGAGGCCCAAUAUUACAAUCCCAGGUGAUCUGAAGGAGAAGGAGUCUGUCACUAUAACCUGCUCAGCUCUCACUCCCUGUCCACACUCCCCUCCUCAACUCACCUGGAAUCUCCAACAAGACUCUCACAACAAAAUAGAGGAAAACACAGAUGGAAGCUUUACAACUAAAAUCCAGCAGACCAUCACUCUGUCAGACACACAUGAUGGAAAGAAGAUCAGCUGCUCUGCCAGAUAUCCUGUGAACCAAGGAAAAGACACCAAGACAGCAGAGACAGAAGAGACUCUCAGUGUUUCAUUUGCUCCUAAAGACACCUCAGCAUCCAUCAGUCCAUCAGGUUUGGUGUCAGCAGGCAGCUGGGUGAAGCUGACCUGCUCCAGCAGAGCCAAACCUCCAGUCAGCAGCUUCACCUGGUUCAAGAAGAGCAGAGAUGGAGCUGUGAAAGUAUCUGAAGGAGAGAUUUACAGCUUCAAUGUAACAGAUGGAGGAGUUUAUUACUGUGUGGCCACUAAUGAUCUGGGUAAUCAGACAUCAGCAGAGAUUUAUGUGACUGUUGGAGAAGUUCAGGCUCAGUCUGCUGGGCUGUGUCUACGCAAGAACGAGUUUCUGUGUGUGAAGAUGGUGACAGUCAGCAUUUUACUGAUUGUUUUCUUUUUUUCAGGUGCUUUAAAUGGUUAUGCUGACUCUGCAGCACUCUUCAUCACUGCACCAAAGCAGAUGGAAGCACUGAGUGGAUCUUGUUUGCAAAUCCCAUGUAGCUUCAGACCCAAAGAAGAACAGAAAUUUAACAGCACAAGAAAAAUCUUUGGAGUGUGGAUUAAAAAUUAUGUAUACUUUGACAAAUAUCCAAACAACAUGAUCUUCAACAGUAGUGGAGCAGUUAGCAUCUAUCCAAUGAGUAUUAUUGGGAGCCUGAGUCAGAGAGACUGCACCACUCUGUUUUCUGAUUUAACCACAAACUACACAGACAAAUACUUCUUCAGAGUAGAGAAUGAACCAUUCAAGGCGACAGCUCAACAAAAUCCUCUUCAAAUAACAGUCAGAGAUUCUCCUUGGAGGCCCAGUAUUACAAUAUCAGGUGAUCUGAAGGAGAAGGAGUCUGUCACUAUAACCUGCUCAGCUCUCACUCCCUGUCCACACUCCCCUCCUCAACUCACCUGGAAUCUCCAACAAGACUCUCACAACAAAACAGAGAAAAACACAGAUGGAAGCUUUACAACUAAAAUCCAGCAGACCAUCACUCUGUCAGACACACAUGAUGGAAAGAAGAUCAGCUGCUCUGCCAGAUAUCCUGUGAACCAAGGAAAAGACACCAAGACAGCAGAGACAGAAGAGACUCUCAGUGUUUCAUAUGCUCCUAAAGACACCUCAGCAUCCAUCAGUCCAUCAGGUUUGGUGUCAGCAGGCAGCUGGGUGAAGCUGACCUGCUCCAGCAGAGCCAAACCUCCAGUCAGCAGCUUCACCUGGUUCAAGAAGAGCAGAGAUGGAGCUGUGAACGUAUCUGAAGGAGAGAUUUACAGCUUCAAUGUAACAGAUGGAGGAGUUUAUUACUGUGUGGCCACUAAUGAUCUGGGUAAUCAGACAUCAUUCAUGUUGUGUGUGGAGGUAAAAGAUUCUCCUUGGAGACCAAAUAUUACCAUCUCAGGUGAUAUGAAGGAGAAGGAGUCUGUCACUAUAACCUGCUCAGCUCUCACUCCCUGUCCACACUCCCCUCCUCAACUCACCUGGAAUCUCCAACAAGACUCUCACAACAAAAUAGAGGAAAACACAGAUGGAAGCUUUACAACUAAAAUCCAGCAGAACAUCACUCUGUCAGACACACAUGAUGGAAAGAAGAUCAGCUGUUCUGCCAGAUAUCCUGUGAACCAAGGAAAAGACACCAAGACAGCAGAGACAGAAGAGACUCUCAGUGUUUCAUAUGCUCCUAAAGACACCUCAGCAUCCAUCAGUCCAUCAGGUUUGGUGUCAGCAGGCAGCUGGGUGAACCUGACCUGCUCCAGCAGAGCCAAACCUCCAGUCAGCAGCUUCACCUGGUUCAAGAAGAGCAGAGAUGGAGCUGUGAAAGUAUCUGAAGGAGAGAUUUACAGCUUCAAUGUAACAGAUGGAGGAGUUUAUUACUGUGUGGCCACUAAUGAUCUGGGUAAUCAGACAUCAGCAGAGAUUCAUGUGACUGUUGGAGUCUUUCUCGUUCCCCUGUGUGUUCCUUCCUCCUGGCCCGGUGUCUAG